AUGGGGUACGAAGAAGUGUCGAAGGCAUAUCGCGUUUACGACAUUGAAGCGGACCAAGUGGUGAUAUCUCGCGAUGUCACAUUCGACGAAUCAACGUUUGGUUUCUCGCCGACGCUACCACAAGAAAUUGUUGAUGACACUGCGCUGGAUAUCGAAUCGAUGAACAUCAGCGAUGAGCCUCACCCCAUGCAGUUCAAGCAAACUGGAAAACGCAAAAGCCGUUCAAACAGUCAAGAACAAGUUCUACAACGGACACUUCCUGAGCGUCGUGGAACCGGGUUAGAAGAAGCAAGUGCCCCGGAUGAAUUUGAAUCGCACCAAGCGAAGCGACGGUCAAGCGCUCGAGCCAAUCUGGACGAAGAGCGAAAGGGCAGUGACGAAGAUAACGAGGAUGCUACACCUCAAGUCUUUUGGCGAGCGAGUGUCAACGCAGUCGAAGGUACUGACUUGUCUGAGCCGACAACGUUUAAAGAUGCUGUUGAUGGUACUGACUUGUCUGAGCCGACAACGUUUAAAGAUGCUGUUGAUGGACCGGAUCAAGUGCAUUGGUGUAAAGCAAUCUGUGCUGAGUUGGACUCGAUGAAACUUCGUGGCGUGCUUCGAGCGACCAAACUGCCAGCUGGACAGUAUACCAUUGGCACCAAGUGGGUAUUCAAUAUCAAGCGGAAAGCUGAUGGAUCCAUCGAGAAAUACAAGGCGCGUCUGUUGACGGUCAUCGGUUUUCUACCAGUAUUGGUAACCGUGACCGAUCCAAUCCGAACCGCCUGUUCAGCUUAG